GCCCAGGCGUCCAUGCUGUUACAAAGACGAUGCAGAAUCAUAACCUCUUGAGCAUCACCCCAGUCAGGCGUCUCCUGCUCUCUGGUCCCUGCUGGUUUCUUUCAUCUGAGACUUACUGGGAAGAAAGAGAGGGAAAGUUGGUAAUUAUCAAUAGCUCGAUGUGCAGGGAAAGAGGAGGUGGAGUGUGUGGCAGGGGGAAAGUACAACUAACCCCUGGCUGUGAAUAAAAACCUGCAUUUCAAUAGCAAGCGCAGGUGGAAGCUUUAGAACAAGUGAAGAGGCUUGUUCCGUAUACAGCGUCGGAAGGUCAAGCUCUGGGAGCUUGACUCCAUCUCAAAGACGUUACCGAGCCGACGAAGGCUUUCUGACAGUUGGAAAACAGGAAGUGCCCACUGCGCAGAAUGGAGUGGCAGGUUCUGCUGUUGGCUCUUUGCAUGGGUUUGGCUCAUUCGGCCUCUGCAGACUGUGCGGCCCAGUGCUCCAUGUGUGCCGUGCAGACCCAGGAUUUGGAGAAGCCCAUCAGUCCUCUGAUCUGUUCGCUGGAGUGUCAGGGCUCCUUGCUGUCCCGCACGGAGUGGGAGAGGUGCCAGACCGCUCUGGAUCUCCUCGCCCCGCUGAUGGCAGUGGUGGAGGGCCAGGGCCUGUCCCCUCUGGAGGCUGAGGCGAAGGCAGAGCCAAAAGGGAGCCCCAUCCCCGGCGAGCUCCCCAGCGGCCUGGUCAAACGGUACGGUGGCUUCAUGAAGAAACUGGACAAGAACAAGAUUUUCUCCCUCUUGCGUGAGAACGCCCACAGCAAAGGCGGCAUGACUAAGAAGUACGGUGGUUUCUUCCGCAAGCCGGGGGAGAGGGCGGCCUCUGAGGUGGUGGAGGACUACCCAGAGCUGGAGGCCGGGGAGACAGACGACCAUGGGGAAGAACCUGAGGAAGGAAACCUCAAGGACGAGAUGAAGCGCUACGGGGGCUUUCUCCGCAAGUACCCCAAGCGGAGCUCGGCGCUGGCGCCCGAGGGGGAGGGCCAGGAGCUGGAGGACCUGCACAAGCGCUACGGGGGCUUCAUGCGCAGGAUCCGCCCCAAGCUCAAAUGGGACAAUCAGAAGCGCUACGGGGGCUUCCUGCGGCGCCAGUUCAAGGUGACGACGCGGUCGGAUGAGGACCCCAACGCCUACUCGGGGGAGGUCUUGGACCUAUAGAACCCCCCUGACAGUCGGAAUACUUCCAGUAUGGACUGCAUCGCUCCUCCCGCCCCACAUCACCCUCCUGUGCUCAGCCAAGCAUCCCAGGCAUCACACACCGACCCAGGCGCACCACCUCGCUGCUGCUUCCCUGAAGAGCCAGAUGUUUCGAGCCAGGCAGGGAUUGCCACUGGCAACGUUCCUCCUCCGUUUCUGUCUCUGUCAACUCUGGGACUUGGACCUGCUGCCGUUUCCAGCACCGAACUGAUCAGGCCAGCUAGGGGGUUAGUUCAGCUGUAUCGAAAGCAGGUUACUUUAAUUCAGUCUCAGACGACUGAUUAUCGACCCUCCCUGUGAUCCUUAGCGAUGAGCCCAACUCACCCUCCAGUCGGAGUACCCCAAACGCUGGGGAAGUUCAGCUCUGGAGCCAACUCGGUGGCUGGCCCCUUUGGUCCGUCAUGGACCAACCCAGAGUUCCAGAUUCAAAGGCCUCCCAGCUUUGGGGGAGUUUGGCUCUAGUUCCAAAUCGGAACCAUCCAGCUGUAGUUCUUUGCGGUGGAAACCCAUUUUCAAAGGUCCCCGGCGCUGGCACCAGGUGCUGCCGGGCAUUUCCAAUUUAAAUAUUCGAAUGGAAACAGAGGCAUCUGUUACUUGCCUUCUAGUCUAUCCAUUCAGACGCCUCUGCUCAGAACAGCCAGUGUGUCCCAGAGGGACCUGUGUUUGUACAGGAGGGCAUCUUGCCUGGAGAGCAAGGUGGGCUUGCCCUAUAGAACCCUGACUUGCUUCAUUAUAUUCCAGCUAAAUCCCAGCUGUGAUCCUUUCUAAUACACACGAGAGAGGCACACUUCUAAUGAAGCGAUGAAAUCACAAUAGUGUCGCACUUCUGAAGGCACCUGAGUCAGCCUCUCGUUUGUCACCUGGGGAUUCACACACACAGUCAUUAAGGGAGCCGAGUGAAUGGAGGUAUUGUGCUGCCAGAUUUGCUGGCACAGUCCGAUUGUUUGUGCCUUGGAGUGAUUGUGUGCACAGAAUUGCAGGUGCAAAUAAUUAGGAGCACGGACUGACACUAGCUGUCCCCAUUCUCGCUCUGCUCACAGGGGAUCGCUCCCACACACAAUGGCAGAAAUCAAUGAGGAGCCAUUUCUGAAAGUUUGGCUCAUCAUGUAGUUCUCAUUGCAACCAUCAGUGUUCUCCCCCGUCCCCCAGCUAGUGCUGAAUUGCAACAGGCCAACAAAAAUACCCUGAGACAGAGGCAGGAACGGGCGGGGCUUGGCACACUGUUUCCUUUUCCAACCCUGGGCAAAAUUGGGAAAUUAAACUAGAGGAAAGCUCUGAAAAGGAAUGUAGAUGAGGUCUGGACUCUGCCUGAGACGCAUUGUUUGGCUAAGCACAGGCCUCCAUCGGCCCUCACCUGCUCCCUUGUGCUGUUCUGAAAUGUACAGAUUGUUUCGGAGUCUGGUUACUUUCCGUUAUUACGUUUACAAAAAGAAAUAAAGUUUGGUCUGUCUUGAGAUGGGUCACGUUCACCCUCUUCCUUUUCUGUAUGGUAAAUAAAAAGAUGUUAAUGAGA